CAGACCAUUAAAACCGCAAUGGAUUUAACGCUCACCGGUUCCCUGCUGAUCAUAGCUACUCUGCCUAAUCCUCAUUCCCUCCCACGUUAAAACUUCCAUUAAAAGGAGCAUGGAACGCUACAGAUGCAUAUAACCCAUUAUCAUCUCUCUUCCUUUCAAAUGUUCAGUGAGGAUUUGUUAUCACUCCCUGCUUCUUGUCAAAUCUUUGCUAACCUCAACAAAUUCUAUCAAACUCGAACAACCCCAGUUUAUAUUCUUCAUAAGGGCCUUCUUUUUUUUUCAUUCAUCUUCCCCGGAAACAACUUCACAACCCCAAAUUUAAUUGCAGAUUCGGAUUCAUAAGCAGAUCGCUCGGUGCGGUAGUCUUUGUAGAUGGAACUCUGUUUCAUGCUGCAGCAUUUCAAGGCUCAACCCAUUUGGGUUCGUCUCCUAUCUCUUCUGGGUUUCAUCUGUUUGUCGAAAUUCACCUUUAUUCUUCUUCGUUGGGUUUACGUUUCUUUUCUCAGACCUGGUAAGAAUCUCAAGAAAUAUGGGUCCUGGGCGCUUGUUACGGCACCCACUGAUGGUAUUGGAAAGGGCUUCGCCUUCGAAUUGGCGCGGAAGAAACUCAACUUGGUCCUGGUGGGUCGCAGCCCUCAUAAGUUGAAGGACGUUUCGGAUGCCAUUAAGGCGAAGAAUGGGAAUACCCAGAUCAAGAAUGUGGUGGUUGAUUUCUCUGGGGACCUAUCUGAGGGGAUCCGUCGGAUUCAGGAAGCCAUCGAAGGUCUGGAUGUUGGCAUUCUCAUUAACAACGUCGGCGUUUCCUACCCAUAUGCGAGGUUCUACCAUGAAGUGGAUGAAGAGCUGUUAAAAAAUCUGGUUCAUAUCAAUAUUGAAGGCACCACCAAGGUUACGCAGGCACUUCUUCCCGGCAUGCUUGAGAGGAAGAAAGGCGCAAUCGUCAAUAUCGGCUCGGGGGCAGCCAUUAUUAUACCUUCUGAUCCUCUUUAUGCUGUUUAUGCUGCUUCGAAAGCGUACAUUGAUCAGUUCUCAAGGUGCCUUUAUGUGGAAUACAAGAAUAGCGGAAUUGAUGUGCAGUGUCAGGUACCCUUAUAUGUGGCGACAAAGAUGGCAUCAAUUAGGAAAUCGUCCUUCUUUGUACCAUCCACAGAUGGUUAUGCUCGUGCUGCUGUGCGCUGGAUAGGUUAUGAACCACGUUGCACACCCUAUUGGCCACAUUCGAUACUAUGGGGUCUGCUCUACUUAGUUCCAGAUUCUGUUUUUGAUUAUUGCCGACUGUCAUUCAACCUUAAGAUUAGGAAGAAGGGACAGCUUAAGGAUGCAAGGAAGAAGGAAUGAUGAAUGUUCUGUUCCAUCUUGGUUAAUUUGACCUUCUGAAGUGGAAAUUGGUUCUCAAGGCUGUAAUGUUUUUAACUGUUAAAUGCAUCUGUAUGCUCUCUUAGUUGAAUUUCAAGUUCCACUGAAGAGUGGGAGGGGGGUUGGGGGCAGGGAAGUAGUAAGCUUGUCAAUGGUGUACUGCACAGAAAACCUUUAUUCGUUGCUUUUUGAAGGAGUUGGGGUUAGACCCAUCAUUUGGUUGGAUGCCAUUAGGUAGAGAUUUAUGUUCCUACAUUAAGUUCUCUCCCUUAAUUCAAUAGAAAUGUUACCUGAUGAA